AUUGUGUGUAUAUAUUUUGUCAGGCAUCUCCUAAGACAGUCGCGCCGUCAACAGUAAUGUUAACGUCAUUUAUUUUGGCAGCUAGCUGCAUAGAACCGUUCAUUUUCCGCUUUACUGGCGAAUUUCAGCCGUUUUACAGAAUAUUUCCACAUCAGCAAAUAUGUCAUCGCCACUUUCAAAACCCCAGAUUAUUGCGCAUGUCCAGAAGAGUUUGAACUAUACGGUUUUUGACAGUAAAUGGAUUCCAUGCAGCGCGAAGUUUGUCUGCAUGGGGAACUUUCCUCGAGGAACCGGAGUGAUGCAAAUAUAUGAAGUGCAGCACGGAGAGGCUCAGCUUAUCAAGGAGGUAGAGAAACCUAAACCCAUAAAGUGCGGGACAUUCGGGGCCACCUCUCUCCAACAAAGACACAUAGCAACUGGGGAUUUCGAUGGACAUCUCAAUAUAUGGAAUCUGGAGGUCCCCAAUGUGCCGGUGUACACUGUGAAGGCCCAUAAAGAGAUAGUGAACAGUAUUGAUGGCGUUGGUGGCCUGGGAAUUGGUGAUGGUGCACCUGAGAUAGUCACUGGAAGCAGGGAUGGGACAGUAAAAGUGUGGGAUCCCAGACAGAAAGAUUCACCUGUUGCUAACAUGGAGCCUGUGGAAGGAGAGACCAAGAGGGACUGCUGGACUGUUGCAUUUGGUCACGCCUUCAACGAUCAGGACCGUUGCGUUUGUGCUGGCUAUGACAAUGGUGACAUCAAACUCUUUGACCUUCGGAACAUGUCUCUACGGUGGGAAACCAACAUUAAAAACGGGGUAUGCUCUGUGGAGUUUGACAGGAAAGACAUCAAUAUGAACAAGCUAGUGGCCACCUCACUGGAGGGAAAAUUCCACGUCUUUGACAUGAGGACGCAGCAUCCCACCAAGGGCUUUGCCUCUGUUUCGGAAAAGGCUCAUAAGUCAACCAUCUGGCAGGUGAGACAUCUGCCUCAAAACAGAGACAUCUUUAUGACUGCAGGCGGAGCCGGCAACUUACAUCUAUGGAAAUACGAGUAUCCUGGUGAGAGAAGUAAGAAAGACUCGGAUGACGUGGAUGUGGGCGUAGCCGGCUCUGUCAACCUCUUACAGAAUGUCACUCUGUCAACUCAACCAAUCGCCAGCCUGGACUGGAGCCCUGACAAGCAGGGCCUGUGUGUGUGUUCGGGUUUCGACCAGUCUGUCCGUGUGCUCAUCGUCACCAAACUCAAUGUGGCUUGAAAAAGGAGCCCACAACAAUGACUCAUGAUGAAAUUUCAGGUGGGAUUAAGUAUAAUUGUGGCGAUUCACCAGCAAAGGUGUAAAUCACUGUAUUUUUAUGACACUUAAUUGUCUUCUGUUAGAAGACACCUAUUUCAUACAGCUUGUCUCUGCAGCUGCCUAUAUUUUGUACAGUUCAUACUCAUGUUGCCAGACAUUUAACUCGAUUGAACUCUUGUUCAGGUUUGAUCAUUUUGUCUCUGUUUAAUGACAGUCCUAAUAAAAUAUGUGGUGCCUGGUUGA